AUGAGUGCUGGUAAAAGGAAGUUCACUCAGCAUAUUAUUCCAAACCCCCAGCCAUUUAAGUCAAGGGAACAUAAUUCAUUAGAGGAGAAUGGCUUGCUGGAUCAGUGGUGUUCAUCAACAGUUAUGCCGAUUGAUUAUGAGGAAUACAUCACGAAGAAUAAAACCCUUAUAGUCAACGAUCUGUAUCGUGAAACUAUACUGUUUCCUCAGGAUGACCUGAAAAUUAUCCGCAUUCCUCAUGGACACCAAAUGCUUAACAAUGGUGUUCCUGAAGUCGCACUAAAAAACAGUGUGUUUGUUUCAAACCCAUUGGCUCGUCAUGCAAUCGCUUUUUUUGCAACUACGGAAUGGAUUUAUGUUCAGCAAGUUUCUUCUGCUUAUCGUGGGAGUUUUCAUGUGUUUCCGUUUCUGAGUGAUAUCAAUGAGUUAGGUGGAACUUUGUCUCAAUACUGGUUUUCAAUUGAUCAAUCACUUGCUGCCAAUAAUAAAGAUAGUCCUAGUCAUAUUGCAGACUCUGUUCCUGUACCAAAUUCAGCUGGAUCGAAAUCACGAGCAUCUAAGGAAUUUCAAGUCCGUAGUCGCCGGUCAACUACUACGGGUAGUGGUGGUUUUGUAAAAAGUAAUCAACCCGUUGGUGAAGCUUCUACCACUGGACUAGUUAACCGAUUUACAGGCAGUUAUCAACCUAAAGAUCAAGUAAAAUAUGAAAAAGUCAACUGUGAUAAUGUAUUAUCCAGACGAGGCAGCAAAGCAAAGGAUCAAAUACAGUCUGAUGAUGAGACGGUUGUGGAUAACAAUAAUCGUAACAGUGAAAACAUAUCAAGUGCGAGUUGUGAUAGUCGACUGUCUGAAAGUGGAAAAUCAUCAUCCAUCUAUUUAGAAUGUCAACUAGUUAUAUGUAAUCGUGAAAAAUAUCAGAAUUAUUUACGUGUUCUUGAAGGAUUACUUUCUUCUGGGAGUGGUGAUAAAUAUGUUGCCAGUGCUAAUACUACCACGAAUACUACUACUAAUAAUAAUAAUACAAAGUCAAUAUUUGAAAAACACGAAAUGAAGUGUUAUUGUUUAAGACAAAUACAAAUUGAAGAAUUAUCUGAAAGUGAUAGACAAAGGCACUUAUCGAAGACCACUACUAGUAGUAGUAGUAGGACACAAAAUAUAUCAGUUGGUCUACAUGUUAUAGCACCUUAUAAUUGGCGUGCCUCAAAUAUCUAUUCCUCUCAUGAAGAUCAUAAUGUCAUUUAUCUAGAUACAAUUGAUUCAGUACGAUCGAUUGGUGAUUAUUGGAUACGUUUAGAAAGGUUAUUACCGUCUACGUCAUCCUCCUCUUCCUCCUCCUCACCGUCAUCUGCUCAGCUGUCUAGUAACAAAGCAAAAGAUGAAAUAUCAACAUCUAAUGGUUUGCUAAAUGAUGAAAUAUUCAUUUAUUUCGAUCCGACAAUGAAUGAUGCAGUAGAAAAACGUCAGAUAUGGUUAAAUACAAUUGAGUUAGCUUUGAAAUUGGAAAGUUAUAAACGACAUAUGGGAUAUCAUCAUCAUCAUCAUCACCAUCAACAACAUCCCCACUUUUCUUCUGAUAAUAUAGAUGCAAGCGGGAGUAAAUUCGAUUUAUUCAAAAGAUCUAAUAAUGCUGAUUCAGUGCGUAGUGCAUUACAACGGUAUGCUCAGGAAACUGAAUUGUUUGUGAUACGUCAACGUCAGAAAGGACGAAUAAAAGUGGUAACACUUUUUCCAGAUGUGAGAAUACGUCAGUAUAAAGGGAAAAAUUUAAUACGUGACCACGUUGGAAAUAGUUUAACUCAGAUGAAUUCAAAGGAUGCAUUAUCACCGUUUCCUGAUCGGAUGGCGGAAUUGUGUAGUCGACGAUUUUUGGCAACAUGCUUAAAUCUACAUUCAAAAAUUCAAGCCAAUAUAGAUGUAUCGGGUAGUACAUCUUCUCAUAUCGAAAAUCCUGAACCAUUUUUCGUCACCAUGUUUUUAGUCGAUGUAAAUGAUGGCUGUCGUGUUAGUGAAGAUUUUUAUUGGAAUCCUAAUUCGCCUAUUAUUGAUUCUAUGCUGCCUUCUGAUCAAUUCAGAUCCUUACCAUGGUUAUCAUCGUCGUCGUCGUCGUCAUCAUCACCACCAGCAAAUAACACAGUGUCUGAUAUAAAGAGCCAAUCGACGGAUAUCAAUGAUGUGAAUUCAUUAAAUCAUAAUUCAUCUCAUGCACACAAUAAUACUACAACACCUGGUAGUCGAAUCCGUGGACAUGCACCACCUCCACCACAGAAUAAUUUAAUUUCACCAUAUGGUACACAGAAUUCAAUUUCUUUGGAUUGUUUGCAUAAAUGUCGUUCAGCAUUAUUUUCAAUUCCAUCAUCUUAUCAUGCUAACAGUCUUUAUUUAGUUGUACGUGUUGACAAAGUUCUCAGUGGACCAAUAACUACAGCAGUAGAAAAAUAUUUAAAAAAUAAUUCAGGUACAAAUAUGAAUGACUAUAAAACUGGAUCAAGUAUACAAAAAACAAUGGUGAAUUAUUGUCGAAAUAUUGGUCGAUAUCGUAUGCCAUUUGCAUGGGGUGCAAGAUCGCUAAACAGUUCAAAUCGUUUUGUUCAUCUCUUCAAAAUGGAUUCAAAUAAAAUAUCUGAACAGGCAUUAAUUCAAACAGCUCAGAUGUUGUCACGUUUAUCGUCUGAUUAUAAUUCAGCGCCAGGAUAUGACGAUAGCAAUGUAAAUCUAACAAACAAUGAUACCAAUACUACUCAUAAUAAUAUCAGUAAUACAGUUGAUUCGAAUCAUCAUUAUAAUAUCCCAGAGUCAUUAAUUCAAUCAAGUCAAUCAGUUAAAUCAUUAAAAACUAUUGGACGUAGUGUUACAAGCACUGCUAAUGAGAAUAUACUCUAUCCAACAGAACAAGAUCGUUUAUUUAUUGAUAUAGUUGAACGUUCAUUGAAGACUCAAAUGUUACCUAUUCGUUUUGAAUUAAUUAUCAGUGAAUUAAUUGAUCAACAUAUAGAUCCUAAUGCAAAAAUUAUAUCACGUAUUAUCAGUUCAAAUCUUGAAACGUAUAUACCAACAGUUGAUGUAACAAAUUAUUCAUUGAAUUGUUACAUACCAUCUAGUCAUCCAAUGCUGAUGUCAGAUGAAAUUAUACGUGAAGUUGAAAAUUUAUUCGAUUUCAAUUCUCCUUCCAUGUCAUCGUCAACAUCAGCAGCAGCAGCAGCAACAACCACGUCGACGACAGUUACCGGUGUUUCAUCUCAUCAUGAUGAUUUAGGACUUACUUAUUCAGAUGAUACUAAUUCACUAUCCCGUACAGGAAGUCUUCAAAGAAGUUUUCUGAACAAUUCACUAACUGGUAAAAGUAACAGAGAUUCUUUAUUGUCAAAUAUUAGUAUGGGAAGUUUACCUGGUACGUUGGUCUCUGCAUCUAAUGAUCUACCGAAAAGUAUCAACGCAAGUACAAUUCAAGCUCGUACAAAUUCCCUGGAUCGAACUGAGUAUGGUGUGCAGUAUGGCGCACAGCAUAAUACAACAUCCAAGUUACUACCGUUCACUUCAUUCUUCAAUACUCUUUAUGUGUGCCCGAAAUCAUUAAAUUUAUCUGUGAAGCAUAGUUUUCCAAGGGCACGUAAUCUAUCAUGUUUCAUUGAACUACGGUCAAAUGAUAGUUUGGAUAACUCAGCUGCAUUGAAGGUAUUCUAUACUCGUCCAAGUGUUCGUCAGCCAACAUUUGAUUCAUGGUUUAAUACAUCUGUCAUCUAUCAUGAUACAAAUCCAAACUUUGGUGACCAGGCUAAGAUUUGUCUACCGUUGAAUUUGACUCCAGAACAUCAUCUACUAUUUCGUUUUUAUCAUGUAAGCUGUGAAACAGCGGCAACAAAUUUAACCGGUCAAAAAGAGAAAACCAGUAGUUAUAAAAAACCGGUUGAAUCUAGUACCGGUUAUUCAUGGAUUCCAAUACUUGGUACAUAUGGAAAUUUAAAUGUUGGUACAUUCCAACUUCGUGUAACAUCAACUAUUCAACCGGGUUAUUUAAAGCAUUCAACUGUACAAAACACUCGAAGUUCAAAUAGUCAAAAUGUGUCAGUCAACGCUUUAUCAUUCAACGUCAAUGGUUCCAGUAACACCAAUGCUAAUAAUAAUCAUAAUAAUAAUUCAGUUGAUUUAACCUGGAUAGACAAUGGGAAGUUUUUGUUUAAAGUUGAUUUGAAACCGUUAUCUUCAAUCUACACUCAUGAUCCAGUAUUGUCAAAAUUCUUUCGUGUUUGUGGUGAUCUUCUGCCAAAAGUAUUAUAUAUGUCACCUUCAAAAGUGUCAAAUAUCAAUAAACAGAAGCAAAAUCGUGUCACCUUCAGUUAUGAUGUCGUAAUACCAUCAAAUUCUAAUUCUGUUCAACAACUAUCAUCAACAGUUUCUCCGUUGCAUUCAUCACCGGUAUCGACAAGACCGAAACAUACCGUCAAUAACUCGAGUAUCCUGCAAAAUACACCAUCAAUAAAUCUACACUUAUGCAAUGCAAUGAAAGCCUUGCUCUUGAUUACGCCAACUGCUUUAGUCCAAUUUUUACCAAUUAUCUUAAAUCAAUUUAUGGAGAUUAUUAUUCUAAGCGCUGAGACAAGUGCUAGAUGGUUUAAUGCUGCACAACAACAACAACAGCAACAACAAGAAGACGAACGACAACAGCAACAACAGUCUUCAAUGGCAUCAUCGAAUGCAACGCAUGGUGAUACUCAUGCUAACACAGAAUAUUCUUGGUUUAAAAGUUUAAAAAACAACCUCAAUAAUAAUAUCAUCAUUGCCAAUGAUCAUCAUCAUAAUAACUAUGGUGUCAAUGAUAGUCAUAAUAUUAAUAAUAAUAGUAGUAAUAUAAGUAACAAUUCUAGUAAUAGUACACCAGAUGAUGUGCUGAAAACAGCUGUUAGUACUCUGGCAAUCCUUAUUUCUGAAUUGAAUGCUCAAGUUCCAAAUGACACAUCAUACUAUCCAUUGAAGUCAACAAAUGAGGCUUCCUGUUCUGAUGGUUUAGUUGAAUCGAAUACAUCAGCUUGCAGUGAUCGUUUAAAGCAUAAUUUAUUGAAAACUUAUGUUGAGUUUGCAUUUAACCCAGACCAAAUAUUGACAACAUGUAUCAAUCAUUAUUUGAAUGAUAAAGAACAAAAUAUUACAGACACAAAAAAUGUAAUCAUUGACAGUAGAACCAAUCUGACAACACCAGUGAUCACAUCAUCAUCACCUUCAAGAAAAUCAAUAGUUAAUCAAUACUUUCCUUUAUCCUCUCUGCAUCAUUCCAUAAUACGUGGUUUAAUUCUAGUCUUAUGGGAUACACAUUGUCCUGGACAUAUAUUAACCCAUUUAUUUGAUAAUAUAUGGUUUUCGUUAGCAUUAAUUGUCAAAUCAAUGACGCAAUAUUUAUGUAUAAGUAAAAAGAUAUGGGCUGAAAGGUCUGGUGAUUCACGGUUUUCAUCGUUAUUCUGUGAAGAUCUGACUAUAUUCAUUCAACUGAUCGGCUCACGUUUAUUAUCCUCUUUUGGUAAUACAACGCUACGUAAUCCUUUAAAUAAAAACAAUAAUUGUUCAGCGAUGCCAUUGUCAGCUACUACUGGUGGUUCCAGUUAUACCAGUACUCCACUAUGCAUAAUAUCAUCAAGUGGACAGUUGUUAAAGUCUGAGUCAUCCGUUUCACUGAGUACUUCACAGACAAGUAAAUGCGCCAGUGUAAAUGAGUCGGUAACACCGAAAAAUUCACUCGGAGAGUCAGUCAGCAGACAAAGCUUUCCUACAAAACAUACCAGUAAUGAUGUUUUCAAUUUUAAUCGAAUUGAUGUUAUUAAUGCAAUGGGAAAAUUCUUAGGACAUUUAUUCAAUUUAAUGGAUCGAGGAUAUGUGUUGAAACGUGUUCGUGAUCUGCUGACAUUUCUCGAAAUCUCACCAAGAAUGCCUGUUGAUAAAAUUGAUCAAUUGAAUGAAUUACGUUUUGAAUUGUUACGUAGUAUCUGUGAACAUGAACAGUUUAUCCCGUUGAAUUUACCAAUGCUAAAUAUAUCAGAUGGAUCAAAUUUAGGUGUUGAAAUUUCUCUGACUGAUCAAUUUUGUCAACAACACUUUUUGAUUGGAGUUCUGUUAAGCCAACUUAGCUGUCUAUUAUCCGGUUGUAUAAACACGGGUAGUUGGGCACUACUUAAGUCAACAUCACAGUGUUAUCGACAACCGAUUAUCAUUUUGCGUAAUCUAUUAAUUAAGCAUUGCCUGGAUCCACGUUAUCAUAGUUCUAAGGCAAUUCAAGCAAGAAUUUGUUCAUUGUAUCUACCGUUAGUUCGUUUAAUGUUGGAUUAUUAUGAUUCACUUGGACCUCCAGGUGGUGCUCUUCAAACCGCAGUUAUCGCAGCUGCUGUACGUCGAGAUUAUGAAGAGUCCUUAUUAACUACUGAUGGAAAUAGUAAUUCAGGUACUUUCUCUCGUCGUCAUCAACGUUCUUUUGAUAAGUCGAAUAAAACUGGUAAAUCUAACGUAUUCCCCAACAAUAAUAAUACUACUACUACUAAUACAAUAACUAGUAAUAGUACUAUAUGCCAUAGACCACAAAGUAUGAUUAGUGAUUAUUCCUUAGAAGCAUUGAAUAACUGUGAAGGAAAUGCACAAAUAACAAAUUCUGACAGCGGAUCAUUUACUUCAUCAUCAUUAUCAUCAACACACAGUGGAAGUACUGUAUCCUUUAUCCAAUCAGUAUCGAAUUCAGGUUUUAGUAGUCAUGGGAAGUCAUCACCAUCGAACACUAGUGAUGGUGGCCAGUCAAAUGCUUCAGCCAAUUCUCCUUCUACAGCUGCUGCUGCUGCUUAUCUAACUAAAGAUGGCAAAGUUCAACAGCAUAUCUUAGAUCAAAUAGCCGGUGUUAAUCGAGGUGGUGCUCUUCAACAACGCAUUCACAAGAAUAAUCGUCUACAAGGCGGCAAUUCUUCAAUAUUACCACCGUCGGCAGCAUCAUCGAGAGGAAUAGGAAUGGAAGAAAUGCCUCCUCAUAAUGAUAAUAAUAAUAAUCAAUAUCCACGUUCACAUUCUAUUCAGUCUGUAGACGGUUCACAGAAUAGUUUUCGCCUCUCCAGUCAUGCAAGUAGUAGUACGCUUACACUGACUGGUGUAGGUAUGGAAAAUAACAACAAUAAUGUUAUGUUGAAUGGAGGCAUGAAUAGUCUAGAUGAUGACUACCUUCAUAAUGAUAUAAUGCAGUAUAAAAGUGGUGAAAAUUAUAAAAAUCAUCAUCAAGAAUUAUCACCGACAUCAUCAGCUUUAGACAUGAAUUUACAAAAUUCAGAUCAAGAUUGGGCCAAACAAGUUCUCACAUUGGCUGGUGUCUAUCCAGAUCGGGUGAAUGAUGUGAAGUCUACAAGUUCUGAUGGUGAAGAUUCUGUGUCUACACCUGUUGCGGGUAUGCCUUUGGGAAUAAAUAUCUCGGAUAUUGAGCAUUCUGGAGAACAUGAUGAGAAUUUAAUCUCUGAUACUCCUGCAAGCCAUCAUCAUCAUCAUCCUCAUCAUGCUCAAGAUAGUCAUCGUCUUCUCUCUCAUCCUUAUAAUCAUCGAUUCAACUUUCAGAGAAUAUUUAUCCCCGACCUCUUGUUGACUAAAGAGCCAAUUAUUCGACCGCAUAUUCAUCGUCGUCCAUGUGAUCAAAAUAUUUCAGGUCCACGUCGUUUAACAGACAAUUGUCAAAGAGAUUUAUACAUAUGCCUUUUGCACAUUCUGUCGACAAUCACAGUGACACAUUUGAAAGUAUUGCUGCAGAGUUUCACUGUACAAGAAAGGCUAAGAUUUUUAAAUAUACUGAAGUUUGCUAUUCAACACCUACGUUAUCGUGGAAAACAUUGUAUACAACAAUAUGAACACAUAAGUCGUAGUGGUGUUGGCCGAACCGGUGGUAUUGGUGGUGGUAAUCUGCUCAAUAUCAGCAAUACACUAGCUGGGAAUACUGUUGCUGCGGCUGCUGCUGCUCGUAGAAGAACUACUCCUGUAGGUAAAAGUUUACAGAAUGAUUCAUCUAAGCCGAGUUCUCAUGAUUUCUCUGGACAGACUGCAGAGGAUAUUCCAAAAAUGAAGGUAUUAUUGAAAGCUAAUUUGGCGACUGAAUCAAGUAUGAUUAUAUUGGAUAUUUUGAGUACAUUUACAACAGUUUUUAAAUCAGAGUUGAAUAAUUGUAAACCCAAUGAUCCAGUAUUUCGAUGUCUACUUGAAACUUAUGUUGCUAUUCUAUCGAACAAUCCAUCCGAUCAUGUUAUACGACAUACAUUCUCUGCUCUUCGCGUAUUUAUCAAUCAAAAUUCUCAAACCUUAUUCUCCGAAUCGACAGAUAUUCUGAGUACACUGUGUCUAGCCGGUUUACGAUGUUCUAAUCAAUGUUUUCUAGCCCUCUCCUCAUCAUCAUCAUCAACAUCAACUCUGCCUUCGUCAUCAUUGUCACAUAAUGACUUUGUGCUUGAUAAGCAUUGUCAAACAUCUUAA